GCGAAGCCCGCGGCGUCCGGGGAAGAAGCCAUGUUGAGCUAGCUCCUUGUAUUUAAUAACUCUAACGUUACAGUACAUUCACUGAGAAAACUGGAUUCAAAGCCGAACGGACGGUAAACCAUAUAAAAAUGUCAGCGGACGAUUUUCAGACGAAGUACGCCUCUGUCAUGGAGAGCAUGCUCAAGAGUGCUGUCGCAGAGACCACGAAACUUUUCGAAACUAUGGUCGACGAGCUGAAGGCAGAAAUAUCCAAAAUCAAGAAGGAGAACGAGGACCUCAAAACAAGAUGCAGCCAGUUUGAGAGCGCGGGAAGCCAGCCGACUGUUGAUACCAGAGAAAGUGAUCCUCUUAGAGGGCGAAGCGACGGCUCUAAGAAACGCGACACAGCUGUUCAGUGUGAUCUUGUUCCUCUCCGCAUGAUGCUGGUUGAGCAAUGUCCACCACUGAGGGAAUCAUCAUUACAAAACCAAGCGCAACAAUGUGGUUAUGAGGAGAAGGAGUACGCUUUGCAGGACCACAACUAUGAGAGCCAGGGAGAAAGGAAUUCUCAAAUGACAUUUAUACUUGUCAAGCAGGAGGCUGUCUUGAAGCAAGAGGAAGUUGAGUCCACUGUGGUCUGUGGGCAUGUCAUGAGUGAUAAAGCAGAUUCAACAUGGGCCUCUUCUUGUGGAACUGAAAAUGAAGGCCCUUUUAUUGACAAGGUCUGUUCAACCAGAGAGAUAGCCGUUCCUCAAAGACAUGAAGAGACACGCAUGGCCUUGGAACUACCAAUUUUGGGAAUGUGUAGUGGUUUACAAGGAGACCAGAGCCAGUCAUCUGAACUAGGGCAUACAUUUGUCAUCUCACUCGCUGCAAUAAAAGAUGACCUGGAAGAAGAAGUCGGUCAGAAGAUAUCAGAAAUUGGUAUACAGGGAGAACUCAGAACAUCUGAAAAACACCAGCUGUUGGUUGCUCAGCAUCACUCAGAGGUUGAAUCACCAUUAGUGGUCCCCAAACAAUGUCAAAGAGAGGGUGAAACGUCGGUAAAUAAACAAACUGAUAUUUCUCUAAAACAAUAUGCAGAUGUACAAGAUACACAGGAACAGUUGGCACAACCCACAUCAGUCAACGAAGAAGAAGGUGAUGAAUUGAAAAAGGACGUGUCAGAAAUUGAGCCUUGUUCCAAGCCUGUCUUCAGUAUGUCAGUACGACGUAGAAGAGGACGGCCACCGAAGACAGAAAAAUAUCAGCUAGUUAAAGAAAUACUUCAGUCACCAUCUUCUGAUAUCACAACAGAGCAAGAAGUGAAAAAAUCCCCUACAAUAAGAGUGGAAGAGGUUGAGGUCUCUUCUGCAGUUGAUACAGUUAAUACCCCUUCAUCCGAGUCUCCACAAACAUGUCCAGUUCAGCCUAGGGAGUCUUCAUCCAUCAGUUCUCUGGCUCUUUCAGUAGCAUCUGAAUCUCAGCAAUGUUCCAUGGAUAUGGAAGAGGGGGCAAUUCAAGCUCCAUCCACUGAAGUCUCCUCCGCAGUUGAAACGCUAAACACUCCACCAUCUAAGUCGACACAAGCAUCAGUUGAGCCCAGAGAACACCACACCCCUGUAACUCUUCAGGAUGCAAUGCUAUUUGUCGAAGCCAUGAACCAGUCGAUAGAAGAAAAUAAAUUCUCCUCUCCACAAAAAAUGACAGCACCAGUCCGAACUGAGUGUGCUCCCCACGUGGGAGAGGUCCCAGUCAAACCACAGACACUGCCGCUCCCUGCUGAAACUCAUGAUGGUAUAGGCAAGCUACCCAUAACAGAGUUAAGAGAGAAACAUGUUGACCCACCUCAGACUAAAGAUGCCACUCCAACCAUUGAAACUCAGGCCCAUACGGUUUGUCUAUCCAAUACUACGUCUUCAGUGCCCUCAUCAACUGCAGCAACUGAAACAAGUAUGCAGUCCCUUCAGCCGCCCCACCCCCAUUCUCUGACAACAGCAGCACCAAGUAAAUUGGGUAAUGCAAUACCUCAUAAAAUAAUUGUUGUACCAAGAUCAUCAUCAUUAAAGUCUUUAAAAAUUGCAGAACAGUCUUCAACCCAGCCUCCUACUGUCGUGCCGACAGUUGUUGCUACACAAAAUAAUAGUAGACUUCCAGGCUCCACAGCUGCUGGAUUACCUCUUGGAAUACCUUCCCUUUCCUCUGUCCCUCAGAAAACAAUAGAUGUUACCUCCAGCAAAUCACCUACUGUUGACACUUCACAGUCGACAACAGUAGCAUCAAGGAAACAUCAGUCACAGACCAUUGUUCCGACACCAAAUCAGGAGUCAACCAAAUCAGCUGCUCUUGACACGGUGUCGUUGUCACAGGAGUUAAAAGUUUCUGUGGAUACACAAACUGUUUUAGAUGCAGUGGCCACAAUAUCGUCUCAAAAGAGGCAUAAUACAUCAGACAACUUGGAAUCUCCAAAACAACCUGAUGCUAUUUCUGAAACAACAAAUGCUCAUACAGUAACCUGUUCCAGUUUAAAUAUGUCAGUUGAGCUACUGCCAACUUCCAUGUCACCAGCAGUACCACCAACUUCUGAGCAGAAACUCACUGCUGUGGUCAGAUUAACCAGGCUCCCAUAUACAGUGUUGACCCAAAAAUCAGUCUUGGUCUCAAGACUGCAAACAAAUGGAUACUCUGACCCUCAGUCCAUUUUGAAAGAAGCUUCCACAAAAGAGAAAUUGUCAUCUUUUGGCAUAUCAUCACAGACAUCACAGACACUUAAGUUAUCCACAGACAUUUGCCCCAGUUUAAAAGAAACGUCUGUUGCUGUAUCUGUUCAUACCUCUGACAAGUCUGAAGAGCCAAAUGAUAUUCAAAAGAAGGCAUCAUUAUCCUCUGAAAACUGCACCACUCUGGAGCAGUCACCUAACGGUGGACAUGUGCAGCCACCUACACCAUUCAAGAUGUCGCAGCCAGUCUUUGAGAAAUCGACAUUAACCAUCACCACAACAGAGCCUUCAGCUGUACCUGGCACAGCUAGUGAACCUACUUCUAAUCUGGACGAGGAAAUGAUCAGAAUUGCUGUGCAAGAUUGUGAGGUACCAAUUGACCGACCUAUAGAAGAGAAAAAAUCAGCUGCCCUUUUACAUCUUACCUCCCUCAUAUCCAAGGAUACAGCUGACCCUCAUUCACAGAUGACUAAAGCCCAGUUCCUGGCACAGCUGGCAGUGUCACCUGUGGAACAAGACUCAACAAAGGCCUCCUCUAAUGACUCCGUAGAUGACAGCGCUUCUUGUGCAGAGACCAGCACCAGUGACAAGAAAACAUUACAGAAAAACUCCCUUAUGGCCCAACUCCGAAGUCACAUCAAAACCCAUUUUCAAGCUAAAAGAACUGUAACAAAUCCAGAACCACACACAGAAACAGAAACCUGCAGUGUAAGCCCUAAGAAACCUAGAUUAGAUACUGACUAUUCAAAUGAUGAAAACACAACUAUUAAACCAGUUGAAGAUGUUACAUCUCUAAAACAGAUAACUAAUGACCCUACUCCCAUUAGUCAUAGGAAAUCUGGACUAUAUAAAGAUGGUGUUAAACCGAAGAGCUCUGUUAGUGAAUCAUCCGUCGGUUAUCAGAGGUCUCAGGCUGUUAGUGAAUCCACUAGGUCUAGUUCAGGUAGACAUGGUAUAAGUUCCAAAAAUAUAAAAUCCACUCCUAGUUUAACUAAACACAGGGCUACGCCUAAAAAGACUACAAACACUUCCGUGCGUCCUAGGAGGACAUGUGCAACUAAAGAUGGUCUAAGCCCAAAAAUUGGUAGUAGCCCUAACAAUACUAUAACCAUCCCUCUGACAACUAAGAAGACUAGUUCAAGUAAAGAUGGUGUUGGUCCUCAAAUGACUAAAUCUACAUCUGUUAGUCCUAGGACAAAUAAAAUUGGCUCUAGGCCUAAAAUGUCUACCAAUGAAUCAACUUCUGUCUGCCGUAGGAGGUGUACCUUCACUAAAGAUGGUUCUAGCACUAAACCGAUAAAAAGGGAAUCCAAUGCUUUAGGUCCUAGAAGGUGUAGCAUAAAUACAGAUGGUGCUAGUACUAAAAACACAAAGAGUGAAACAGAUUCCCCAAGUGCAAGGUGGCCUACAUUAUCUAAAGAUGAUGUCACUCCUAGAAAGACUCGAGAAUCCACUUCUGUUAAAAAACCCAGAUUACUUCAAGAUUUUACCAGUCCUAGACAUACUUUAAACGUGGUGAAUGCGCAGAAGUUAAAUUUGCAGAAUGGAGCUAAAACAAGCCAGUUAGCAGAGAACCGUGCUAGCUGUGAGGCCGGAAGAAAAUUUACGGCUAAAGCUGUGUGGACUCCGCCUAUAAUGCCAGCCGCUAAAACACCCCCAGCAGGGGGAAAGAAGUCAGUGCACUCACCUGAAAAGAAAGAGACAAGAUCCCAGGACCAUACAGUAGUUUACCCCCCCAGUGUGUCUCUCCACCCCAUACCUGUCAAAGCACCACCUGUUGUAUCCCCAUUACAACCUUUAUCAGUCAUCGGUAGGCGUCUGCUCAAGAACCAGUGUGGGGAGUGUGGCCGUGUCCUUAGCAGCAGUGCUGCUCUAGAAAGCCAUGUUAGCCUCCACAAAGGUCGGCGACCUUUCUCGUGCACUCUCUGUGGGAAGCGCUUCCCAGAUUCAAAAGGUCUUAAACGGCAUGGUCGGGUGCACCGCAAUGGUAGGAUCCAUGUCUGCCAGCAGUGCGGGAAGGGCUUUGUCUACGGAUUUGGCCUCACCAAACACCUCCAGAUGGUGCAUCGCAGGAUUAAACCUUUCGUCUGUCAGAUCUGCAACAAGGGAUUCUUCACAAAACUAGAUGUGGAAGCUCACAUACGAAUGCACACUGGAGAGAAACCAUUCCAUUGCAACCUUUGUGAAAAAAAAUUUGCAAGGAGGGUAGAGCUAAACGUGCAUUUAAGGUGGCAUAAUGGGGAGAAGAGACACUGGUGUCCAUACUGCGGAAAGGGAUUUUUAGACUUCAAUAACCUGAAAAGGCACAAGUAUAUCCACACAGGGGAGAAACCACAUUCUUGCCCACACUGCCCCAAGCACUUCACACAGUCAGGUCACCUUAAAAAGCAUGUGAAAAAUGUACAUAAAAUCCAAUGAGAGAUGGACAUCCAAGGUUCCACCCUAUUCUAAAGGGAGCGGUACCGUUUUCUAAAAUGAGAGAUCUAAAGUCUUGUAAGGGGGGGAAUAUUUUGUGCGUAAGGGAUUUGUGUGUUUUUUCUUUGAUGCACUGUCUAUAAAGCAAAUGAAAAUUAAGAAUUGCAAUCUCUUUUAUGUUGUGUUGAACAGAGGCUGAUCAUGUCAUUGUAUUUUUAUUAAGGCUUGAAUGAAUAGUUCAACACUGUACAUAGAGAGAUGUGCCUAAUCUCAGAUAUUUUUUUCCCCACACCACAUUUGACUUAUGAUUUUAAUCGAACAAAAGACACCAUAGCUUUAGUGAUGUGAAACACCACUGUAGCUGUAAUGUCUUACCACUGGGGCUUAGGGAUGUUAGGAUCACACUUAGUUACAAUCCUUGAUACUAUUUGCGAUAUGAUCUUUUAUUUUCAUUUUUUUUAACAAAAUGAGAUUAAAGACAAAUCAUUACUGAAACACAUUCCUCUGGCAAAAUAUAAUUUAUAUCAUAUUUUCCUUAUUAUAUUUCUAGAAUGUUUUUUUUCUUAGGUAAGGUGCAAACUGCAGAAUAAUGCAAAUUAGAUACAGCUACUGACACAAGGGACAUAGGACAUAAAACAAGCAAAGUCAAAAGUUGAUAGUGCCCUCUGCUGUUUUAAAAAGAGUAUCACAAUUCAUUUUUUAUCUCACUGAUCUGAAUCUGUACAUAUUUGUGUAGCGAUUCAACUGUCUCGCAAUAUAUCUUUACAUUCCUGCUGGGGCCUCCUCUCAUAUGGGAUACUAUGGGGAAAUGAUUCUACAUGUUCUGUGUAGAUGAGACUUGAGUGUAAUGGGGCUUGUUUACAGCCUUAGCACUUCUAUGUCCCCUCAUUCUAAUAUUCAUACUUAAUAUUUCGAUUUUACAAUUCAGCCCAUUUUUGCUUUGUUUUAAAACAUACAUUCGAAUUAAUCGAUUGUACUGUCUAGCUGUAAUUGUAGCUAAUACAAAUGAAUAUCAAUGUCAUGUUGUGUGUGACGUAUGGAGCUGGAGCAAAGAGCGAUUAUCUUAUUGUAAAGAUGAAACUGUAAAGUUUGGUUUAAAACCAUAAGAAAAUAAACCAAUGAGAUACUAUGUGAUAAUUAUAAUAAAGGUUCAGUAUGUAACAUUUAGGAGGAUCUAUUGACAUUAGGGUUGGUACCAUUCACAUUUGAAUCUGGAAUUCUGUACUUUUUUUGGUAUUUUACUCUCUCUUCUCUCUCAGAUGUAUUUUAAGUUGUAAAAAAAAUUAUUCUCACGAUCAGUGAGUUGGCAAUGCUGUGGCUAAUAAUGCUAAGCUAACAUCAACCAAUAGUAAAAAAAAAAAAAACAGCUUGUCCAGCUGUCUAGAAGAUGUCAAUGAAGUUGUCAAUGCCUGACGUCCUUUAUGGAGGCUUUACCUGUGGCGCUGGCUGCAGGCAUGCUAAUGAUAGCUGCAUCAGUGUGCUAUCACACACGUUACACUGUCCACAGCUUAGAUGUGCUGCUCUGGCAAGCUUUGUUGUUUGCAUUAUCAAGUAUGCGUGCCCUGACUCACUGUGACUUGAACAAGCUGCAGGAGUGACGCAACAUUACUCUCUUUCUUUCUUUACUCCAACUUACUCUCCAACUUUCCCAGAUUGUAAGGUACCGAAAGUGGGCACUGAUUGAUUUAACAAGAAAUGGUAAUGGAACGGUACCCUUAAAAGUACUGACUUCAGUACCUAGUCUUAAUUGGCAUAUUUGAAAUAUAAUAUUCAUAGGUUUGUUUUCAUUAGUGUAUAAUCAUCUUAAUAUAAGAAUGGUUGUGGGUGUUGUUAGCUCAGAAUGAGCUGUUUUUAUCUACAGAGGGAGUUGGUCCUCUUCUACAUCAUGUUAACCCGCCAUGUUUCUACUGUAGCACAGAAUGGACAAACUAAAGACUGGCUCUAGAAGGGGGCCUUUUGCUAGUUUUGCGGACACUGUAGUUUCUCCUACACACUUGGAAGGCUGAGCUGUAUUUAAAUUGUUGCAAUCUGUAACUUCACCACUAGAUUCCACUGAAUUCUACAUACUGGUCCGUUGAAGACCUUAUAGAGCUUCUUGGAACUAUUUUUGAGCCUUGAGUAGAGUCAGGCUAGCUGUUUUGCCAUGCUCCCAGUCUUUAUGCUAAGCUAAACUAGUCAUCUCACCAGUCGUCAGUUUCGUCUUUAACGCACAGCUAUGAAAGUGAUGAUACAUGUUGGAAAUGAGCAUUUUCCUUCUAAAUACAAGGAGAUUGAUAAAACGUGUUUCUUGCAAUUAGCCCUAUUUCUACUGUUUGUUUAUUCAAACAAGUUCUAUUACAGAGCCACAAGAUGUGCUAAGGAUAAUCAGCAACCUCAAGUAGCCUUUAUGAUGUGCAUGAAACCUCUGUGUUGGCAUCUGCUUCAUAGAACUGUGUAGCGAUUUUGAUGGUUUGUCACAAGUACUGCACAAUUAUAGAAUAUAAUCAGCAGAUAUGUUUAAAUCUCUUGCUGUUGUGAUAUCAUUUGAAAAAAUCUAAAUUAUUGUCAUUGUUUUCACAAGACAAUUGAAAAGCAAACCUGUUGAAUGCUGUUACAGUGUGGUUUUGGAAGAUUAUUUAUGUUUCUUUGAUUUUCACUGCUGUUACAAAAAUGGCAAUAAGUGUUAAUGAUACUGCUUGUGCAAUAAUUUACCUCCUCAAACAAGGAUUAUAACGGUGCAUUCACACUGGACUUAUCCACCAUUGGAAUACUUUUGCUGUCUGUUUCUUCACCCCGAAAAAGCAAAUGAAUGUAACCUUACAGUCAUCAUGCAGCUCAUUAUAAGUGUACCUCUUUUUACGAGAGUUAAUAUAAUUUCAGUUUUAGCAGACACAUAUUUGCUUCAUUUAACGCGGCGUUCCACAACUGUUCAUGUUUUACGUUACUCUGUCUGCAUUGUUAAAACUCUGAUGGUCAACCUUUUCUUAUCAUCGUGUCUCACAUUGUACUGUAUUACAAACCACAGUUUAAAUGUUGUGAAGCGUGUUUUCUAUUUCCUCACUGUUUGAUGACAUAUUUUACAAUUCUAAACCUCCUAUAAGAAAUUGUUCAUUUUCUGAAUUUACAUUGAUUUGAUUGCAGUCAAAUCAAGAUGUAUAUUUUCUUGGUCCUGUCAUUUGAGAAAACAGGUAAUAAAGGUUAAGUUGUCAAAUGAA